AUGAACGAGAAAUUGAAAAAUUCUAUUGUUUAUGUUUCGAUAAUAAACAAUAAGAACGAGCCAAUUUUAAUGAAAAACUACAACCAUUCAAAGCAAGAAGAAUUAAACUUUUAAAUGAAUAUAUUUGCCACAUUAGAUAUGAUUGAUAAUCAAAUUACCAAAAAGAUUUUAGUCACAGAAAAUAAAUCAUAGAUUAGCUCAUUUUUAGGUUGUUUAAAUUCAGUUUAUCUUGCUGAAGAUGAAUUUGAUAUUUAUGGUUAUUAUACAGUUGGAUAGUUGAAGAUUUUAGUCAUUUUGCGUCAAAAAAGCAAUAUGGCAAACUAUGAUGAAAGACAUAUCAAAAAUUUGAUGAAUGAAAUUUAUUAGUUCUAUAGAUAAGAUAUUUUAAAUCCCUUUAACCAAAAUAUAGAUGAUCAUUAACUAACUAAAAAGUUCCAUUCAAAGCUAGAUGAGACUGUUAGCAAGUAUCAAGAAAUCCUAAAAAAGGGAAUUUGA